UUCUGGGUUUUGCUUCUCUUUUUGUGCUUUGAAAGGAUGAUCCACUUCCACAACAUUCUGGUGUUGUGGGUUUUUUUAUAUGGGUUCUUCACAACUGGGGUUUAUUCCAAGACCAAUUCCCAAGAUGUCUCUUCCCUUAAUGUGAUGUAUAACAGCAUAAACUCUCGUUCGAAACUAAGUGGUUGGAAAUCAAGUGGAGGUGACCCUUGCGGCGAUUCCUGGAAAGGGAUAAAAUGCUCAGGCUCAUCUGUAACUGAAAUAGAUCUGUCUGACCUUGGGCUCAGUGGAUCAAUGGGCUACCAGCUUGCAAGCUUAACAUCUGUCACUCGCUUUGAUUUAAGCAAGAACAACCUCAAUGGCGAUAUACCGUACCAACUGCCUCCUAAUGCAAAGUACAUAGAUCUUUCUCAAAAUGGCUUCACAAAUACUGUGCCAUAUUCAAUAUCUCAGAUGUCUGACCUUGAAACUCUAAAUCUUGGUCGUAACAAGCUCAAUGGACAGUUGACGGAUAUGUUUGGGAAACUUACUAAACUCAAAGAGCUGGAUUUAUCGUACAACUCAAUGACUGGCAACUUGCCUCAGAGUUUUGGAAAGCUCUCAAGCCUGAAAAAAUUGAAUCUGCAGAACAAUCAAUUUACUGGUCAAAUCACUCUACUUGUGUACACUCCCGUUGAGGACCUGAAUAUUGAAAACAACCGCUUUUCUGGCUGGAUCCCUAACGAGUUGAAGGGUAUAAACAUAAAGUCUGGAGGAAAUUCUUGGUCGUCUGGACCAUCUCCACCUUCUCCCCCUGGUGCACGCCGUAAUAGAGAAGGAGGGUCUUCCUCACAGAGUGGUGGGGGGAAGUCUUCUGUAGCCAGCGGAUUAACCAUAGCUGGGAUAGCUCUGGCCGUAUUGUUGGUGCUUGCAAUUAUAAUUGCCCUUUUUUCAAGAAGAAGACGUUCUUCUACUUCACACCUCCUUGAUGAUGACAGGCUUAGCCAGCGUAAAUCCUUUGGUGCCUCCUAUUCAUCUAAGGAAUUAUCUAGAGAACUGAAUUCUUCAUUCAGAAAUAAAGUGACAGAUCCUGGAGCCGUUUCAAUUGACAUAAAGCCUGUUUCAAAAUCUCCAUCAAUUGGUUUUAAGUCGCUUUCUGGACGUUUGCAAUCCUUUGCCAGAAGAAGCACCUCUGUAAAAGCUACGAAUUAUGCUUUGGCAGAUUUGCAGGUUGCUACUGCUAAUUUUGCACCCGCUCGCCUUCUUGGACAGGGUACCAUUGGACGUGUCUAUAGGGCUAAAUAUGAUGAUGGGAAGGUUUUGGCUGUGAAAAAGAUUGACUCCUCACUGUUUCAAGGCUCAGCGCCACAAGAAUUUUCUGACAUUGUUGUAAAUAUCUCCAAGAUUCGCAAUGCCAACAUCGCUGAACUUGUUGGUUAUUGUUCAGAACACGGGCAUAACAUGUUAAUUUACGAGUACUUUAGAAAUGGCUCGCUUCAUGAAUUCUUACACAUGUCAGAUGACUACAGUAAUCCCCUAACUUGGAACACAAGAGUCAGAAUUGCUUUAGGCACUGCCCGGGCUGUUGAGUACCUCCAUGAAGGCUGCUCUCCAUCCACAGUUCACAAGAACAUCAAAUCAUCUAAUAUUUUGCUUGACAUUGAACUCAAUCCUCGUCUCUGCGAUUAUGGCUUGGCAACCUUCCAUCAGCGUACUAGCCAAAACCUUGGGAUGGGAUGCAAUGCUCCAGAAUGCACAAAGCCAUCAGCCUAUACAGCAAAGAGUGAUGUUUACAGUUUUGGGGUAGUCAUGUUGGAGUUAUUGACUGGUCGUAUGCCAGUUGACAGUUCAAAACCACCUGUGGAGCAGUGCCUUGUCCGGUGGGCAACCCCACAGCUCCAUGAUCUCGAUGCCUUGUCAGAAAUGGUGGAUCCUGCUCUCCGUGGACUCUACCCUCCCAAGUCAGUCUCGCGGUUUGCUGACAUCAUUGCCCUCUGUGUUCAGCGGGAGCCUGAAUUCCGGCCACCUAUGUCAGAGGUGGUGCAACAGUUAGUGCGGUUAGUUCAGCGCUCUAGUAUGAACAUGAGAGAGGAUCUUGGUCUCGGGGCAUCUCGUCACUCGAGUGCCAUGAGCAGCGCGAAAGAGGAUCUUGCAGCUUCUCGCAGGUUGACCGACUUUUGAUGGUGAUUUGCAUUUUGAUCAAUAUCAUGUAAGCAAGCAUAUGGGAGACACAGAUUGAGUCAUUCCAUUAAAUGUUUUUCUCUGUCUCUCCCAAAGCUGCCCAAUAUUUGUUAAUAGACUUACUUCAAAAUUAAUCUCAUGAAGCCUGGGCCCUAAAGUUGUUCAAGGCAGUUUAGCUAGUUCAUUAUUGGAGAAGCAGAUUUGAGAAAGAGAAAAAAGAAAAAAGAAAAAAAAAGGUUAUUGGAAAUUGUUCACGGGAGACUACAAAGCCAACCUCAGGUAAAGUGUAUACUUCAACAUGAUGCA